AAUUUAAUCAGUCAAAAUUAAGAAAUGAAUGACAAAGAUAAAAGAAGUCCUAAGAAGAUUAUUAAGACUAAGAUCAGGUUGAUCAGCUCCAUCAAUAUGCAUAUAACAAAGACAAUAUAUGCUCCACUCAUAUCUCACCACAAAAGGAUUAUCCAUAAUUCAAAUUAACAGUUUAAACAAGACUUUGAGCCAAAACAUCUAGACAAAACUCUAAGUGUCUAAAACAAUUUCAGUACUUAAUAAUCUAACACUCAUUCACAUUGCCCCAAAAUAAUUCAUGGUACAAGAUUUACUAAAUUCUACCAAAACCAGACUUCCAAAUGAUGAAGGAUAAACUUCUG